AUGUCUGAUUUGGUUGGGGUCUGGGAUGUAACUUUGAGUGAUGGCAUCCACAAGGUGGAGUUUGAACACGGGACAACCAGUGGAAAGCGAGUUAUCAGAGUGGAUGGGAAGGAAAUCUACCGCCAGGAUUGGAUGUUCAAAUUGGUUGGUCGAGAGAACUUCCAAGUCGGAAAAGCCAAGUGCUGCAUCAGCAUAGACACUGCUGGGGGAUUUGCUUACGAGUACACGCUGAGUGUCAAUGGGAAGUCACUGAGAAAGUUUCAUGAGAAUCAGAGCAAGAUCAUGAAAACAUGGGUUCUGUACAUAGCAGGAGCUGACACUCGAGUGGUUUUAGAAAAAGAUACACUAGAUGUCUGGGUGAAUGGCAAGAAGGUGGACACAACAGGAGAGUUUGUGGACGACGGCACAGAGACACACUUUGAAAUCGGGAACCACUCGGCUUUUAUUAAAGCUACGACAACCGGCAAGAGACGAGACGGGAUUGUACAUCAGCUAUUCGUAGACGAAACUGAAAUUCCACUAGCAAAAGAAUAA